GCCACAAAUACUGUCCCAAACGGAUGUGUAAUCUCCUCCACAGCCAUUCAUCCCGAAGCUCAUCUUAUCCAAUCCCUCUCCUUUCCUUUCCUAUACAAAACACCACUCUCCGCUUCUCUCGACUCCCAGAUUCAAAAUCAAGCAGCAGAAACAGAAACAGCUUCGGCUUCAGCCGCUGCUUCCUCACAGAAAUGGCAGUCAUAUCUCUUGCAACUUUUCCGGCAGCAGCUGUCUCCACCUCUGCACUUAACGCCAACAUGAAGAGGAAGGCCAGUGUAACAUACAUAGAAGGAUUGAACUCCUAUGGAGGUCUUAAAGUGCAGAACACAGUUACCUCCCUCGGUGUCUCGCGAUGCGCCGACAAGUCAUUUUCCAUGGUUAUGAGCUCAAUUAGGUCACCGAGCAAGAAGGGGGAGAAGAGCAGAGGGGGAGCAUUCUCCUCGACCUGCAACGCUGCAGCUGAAAUAUUCAAGAUUGCAGCGAUCAUGAAUGGCCUGGUGCUCGUUGGUGUGGCAUUUGGCUUUAUUCUUCUGCGAGUGGAGGCAAUAGUUGAAGAAUCAGAAUAAGAAAUAUAUAGCAAGCAGUCGUUUGCAUUGUGUUUAAUUUUUUGUUAUUCACAGCUGUGUCAGAUGAUGAAUAUUCAUUUUUCUCCAACUUGAUUUGAUUUGGAUAAGCAAGAGAACUCUUUUAUCUUCUACAUAAGCCCUUCGAUUCACAUACACAUUAAAUAACUUUGAGAAAUGAUACAUAUUAUUCGUUUGGGUCCGUAA